AAGAGGCAGUGUUUUCGAAGUCGAAGUGUCAGUUUCAGUGUUGUGAUUUUAAUGUGCCUGGUAAUUAAUUGAACUAAUAUCAUAAUGUGUAUGUGCUAAAAUAACUUCAAUUUUUUGGGAUUUACUCGACUUGUUACUAAAGUGUAUGGUGAAUCGGUGUGGUGAUGGUGUAUGAUGAGAGGACAAGGCUGUGUACCAGCUGACCCGACAGUCUUGGGCUCACUAUGAGUGGGCCCCGACUCCCCUCCGAUCCGCCCCUGCCAGAGAAAGAACCUCUCAAGUUUGAGACUUCUCACCUGACAGGGGCUCCGGAGGAGGUGGUGCAGCUGGUGAAUAAUAUCAAAGAAGUAGGGGAGCAAUUCCUGUACCACUGGAAGACGUUCCCUAUUAUUCUGCCAGCUCCAGUCAAUGCUACAGGUCCUGCCCACACUCACAAUAACACCAACAAUGCCGACAUACCUUACAUCACUGGAGGUGACACAUGCUGCACGCUGGCGAGAAGGCAGCACCGACCAACCAACCUUCGUGAUCUUUUCGUCGCCCCCAGUUUUGACGAGCUUGACGCGGUCGCCGUGGAUUCUAGCGGAGAACCAAGACGACUCACCGGAAAACAGCUGGAGAGCCUUAGAGAGAGAGGUCUGCACAAGGACAAGUAUGGGAAACCUAAACGGCUGACAGGGAAUCAGCUGGAAACUAUUCGUCGGACUGGGGAGUUUGAAGUUCCGAGUCUCAACUUCGCUGGACAGACUCACAAAUGGAGGUUGAGCUGGAUGUUACAGAAAGGCUGUGAGAGAUCUAGAGCGACGUUACUGGACGACCUUGCUCUCGCCCUCAGGUUCAUCUUGGUGACAGCCCGAGCUAGACUCACCAGUCAUUUCUUCAGUGUCGCUCAAGCUGUCAAAAGCCUCAUUACAGGGACCUUGAAACUUCUAGACAUAUUGGUAGGAGUACCAUCCCUUCAAGCUCACAACUUGGAGGCCAAACUGAGGGAAGAAAGGUGUCGAUAUCUGGCUGCUGAACUGGUUUGUCGGCCAGAGUUUGAAGAUUCGCUGGAGUCGCUGUGUGGGUUUGUCCGUAGACAGCUGCGUAGAGCUGCCACCGAGAAGUUUGAGGUGGAGAGGGAGUCUUGUCACCCUCCCGUCCCAAUACCCUACCUCUUCCUAACACCCAAGGGAAGUGAGCUGGACUUGCGACUGUUCAGUAGGGACGUGAUGAGACACGCACUGCCCAUCCUUGUCACCAUUCUGGAGAGGGAGACUCGUGGGUGGUUCCUACACUUCCGGGAGAGGCUCAUCUCCGAACUGAGGGCGCAGAAACUGCCCGACGAUGAGAUAGAGAGGGAGGUUAACCAGGCGGUGAUGCGGGAGUAUCUUCAGAGGGUGUACUCAAGUAUACUCGGCAACACUGAGCUACAGGCUUUGGGAGAAGGAGUACCACAACUGUUGGUACAACAAGCACAGAGUGUUGUGCUCAUGUACAGAGCUGUGGAGAAUGUUCAGUGUAAGCUGCGCAAGACGAAGGAAACGUUGACCCAGAGUCUACAAUACACUCAUCCCAUCCUGAGUAGGAUUGGUCCUUGGAUGAGAGACAAGCUGAGGAGUGCUGAGGAGAAAUUUAUAGAGGAGUGCAAGUGGAGCGCACAUGAAGAGGCUUUGAUGUUGUGCAACAACCAGCAUCUGCAGCAAGCCGUGUACUUUCUGCACAGAGACCUUACGUUCAUGAAGGAGAGAGAACCAGUUCUGCUCAAGGAGCUGCGUAAGGUAAAGACCCCCACACGGGUGUUUCAAUGGCGCACCCAGAUUUGGUUCCCCCGCAACUGGGUGGUGCGUCGUUGUUUCCAAGGCACCAGUGAGGUAGUUCCCACAGUGCUUAGCGGGACUGCCACCAGCAUAACAACACCCCGUAGCGAUCCUAGUCAGCCAGUGUUCCUGGUAGAGAAGGAGAUGGUCCGUACAACCACCACCAGAUGGCCCAUGUGGAGGUGGAUCAACUACUGCCAUCGUACUUGGAGCUUCUCCUGGAAUGCCAUGUUCUUCUUUGGGGUGGUCGUGCCGUGGUGCAGUCCUGUGUCUUUGAGAGCGUUGUUCUGCCUCGCUCCGUUUACACCUGACCUAGAACUCUCUCAGGUCAAUGGAACUCUCUUCCCUCGCAAAAGUUCGCUCACCCCAACUCUAUCGUCUAGACUUCUCUCUCUGUGGAGGCAUAUCUCAAAAAGUAGGACACACUUUGAAACAAAACCUGAUACAGGCUUUAUAGGUAAAGGUUUGACAAGACAGCUGAACAGAGUCUGGAACUACGGAGUGAAAGGCAUGAUGGGAACUUUAGCUCUGGUCGUGAUAUUUCCAGCUAUCUGCUUAUUAGUCAGCUUACUUAGUUUGCUGAUAGCAGUCACUGCAUUCCUAUGGAUGCCGGUGACUGUUUUGGUUCUACACCUGGUUAUGGUGUUGCUAUGGGAUCUGGACUGUCCAGUAACUACAAGACCUAAAUAUCUUGUCAUAUUGCAGGCCCUGGUGUGGGACGUGGGCAUCCUAGGGUUGCUGCAACCAAUUGCAGCUCUCACAGUUGCAUUGGUCAUCUGCCCUAUCAUGUCCUGCACUGUAGCUACUGUGUGUAUCCUGAGGUACUGGUUGAGGUUAGCCUAUGACUCGCUCAUGUUUCACCUGCUCAUCAAGAAGAGAGCCAGAGUCCCAGCUUGUGAUGGUUUCCUCAUCAAGAGAAUUGCUGGUCCCGGUUUGACCUCUGAUUAUUACUAUCAGAUAAGGCCAGAGCAGGCAUUGGCUGCAUUUGAAGCCAAACUGGAGCUUGACGAACUUACCGCUUAUCAACACCAGAUGGAGCAGAAGAUUCUUCAGCCUCAGAAAGACUUCAGCCAGUUUGUAGAGGCGUGUUUUGGUCCAUUCUCUGCGACGUUGGCCCGCACGGGUCCUUACAAGACUUUGGAAAGAGAAGCUCAGGACUUGCUCACAUGUCUACACGAGAAGCUCGAUAAGCGGAGACGAGAGUUGAGCUGCGGCCUGGCUCCCACAGUUCGUGCUAAGCUCAAGCUCACCAGACUCGACUUGAAGAUUGCCAUACAACAGGCUGCAUUGAUGAUGGAGCGACUAUACCCAGGGGGUGUGUGCAGCAGAUGGGGCAUUGGCAGCGAAGAGGAGUUUUGGGAGAGCAAAGGACUCAGUGCCCAUGACUGGCCGGGUUUGGCUGGUUUAAUAUACACAGACAUAUUUAGUCUUGACUUUCUCACCCCCUUGGACGACCAAGACACCAAGUUUAAAUUGGAGCCGGCCUCCCAUAUAGACUUGUCACGCUACUCAGAGCUUGUCAGGUCUGCUGAGCUAGGUGCUGGUUGUCUGGAUUUGUUGGGACCUGUGUACGCUCCUAGAGGAAACAUACAAGUCCACUCUCCUUACCUGGACGUUGCUGCAUUCAACCCCAGAUACAAACCCGGGGCUUGUAGCAAGCAGAGAGAAACUUCUGCAACUCCAAACACCAAGUCGCACUCAGGAAGUGCGAGAUCAAGAGCUACUGGCUGGGAGUGUUGGCACCCGUGGAAGCGGCGCUGCCAACCUUACAGCGCUGACAAGCUGGUGAUCCCGCUUCCAGUGCCUCACCCGGCGCACAUCGCCGUGGCUAUACACAACCGUGACACGGACGACGUCAUACCUCUGGACUCCGAGAUAUGUCAGGAGAUACUGAGGGCAGUGGAAGACAGUAGCCAGGAGUGUGUAGAGGGAGUGGCGAGGUAUCGUGGUGGAGGCGUUGACAGCAGCUUUGACUCCGUAGAGUCUCGUAGUUGUGACUCUGAAGAGCCACCAGCUCUUCAGCCCCCCACCCCGUCCGCACCCCCCGCACCUCCUACCAGCUUCAACUGGCGACAGGGAGAGUGGGCUAACCCUACUCGUCGGAAGCGCAACUCAGGUACAGUUCGGGUGGACUUGGCUUCACCCGAGGAUGUAUCUCUGGACACAGACUCCUCCCGAGUAGUCUUCAGCAGCUACGGCACCACAGUUUAGUGUCAAACAACUACAGGCCUAGGCUGUCAAUGUUAAGAAAUACAGUAUUUUGUUGUGUAUACAAGCAGCAGGAAUAAUCGAUUUAAAAUUUAUUAGAGCUGUUGUGUGAAAGAUUACGGCCAGUAAGUUACGGCUAGGCAUCUGACUGAUUAAGGAGUUGGUUUUUAACACUUUUUCCUCAACUUUAUUUUUACUAAUCCCCAAGUAAUCCCCUUGGUUAUAUACAGCAAAAUGAGGACCAAAAUUGGUCUAUUCAACCAAAAAAGGACCAUUAUUGUUUUUAUUCAACCAAAAGAAGCGAUCUAAGUCCAAGACAGUCGAUACAACUUGUUUUAUUUAUUCCAAAACUCCAAAUUCUUUAAUCCAACUGUAUUGCACUAUUUUUUUAAUACUGUUGACAAUUAAAUUCACAACCUAGGCCUCAAGAAUAAUAUAUGAGACUUGUAAAUAUAAUUGUAAUCUACAUUCAUCGUUAUGACAUAGCUUUAUAUUUAACAUUUUAGCAUAAGUUUUAAAUUAGGACAUUAGCUACAGUAACAUUUAAGUUGAGUUUGGUCUAUAUAUGAUCAGUUUUAAAAUCAGAGGAAAUUCUAAUCAUGAUCAUAACUGCAUUAAGUUCCUAUCGGCAGCUAUUGUUUUUAAACAGUUUUAUUGAUUUUUGAUUGUUUUGAUUGACCAAUAUAAUGAAAACUAAAUGACAACGACAGUUUAAAGCAAAUUUUAUGUGAUUGUAUUGUUAUUUCUUACAAAAAAAUUAAACUACCUCUAUCCGUUUUCAUAUUUGAAAUCAUCAAUUUCCCUUGUUCUUCUGAUUUUUACACAAUCAGUUUAAACCAAGUAUCAGGAUCCAAAGUAUUUAGGGAAUUCAGGUGACUAUGAUUGUAAGUGGUAGCUUAUUUAGUUUAUAAAAUGAUUUUUUUAAUUUAAAGCAUUCAGGAAAUAACAGUCUUAAAGGUUUUACCAAACAGUGUAUAAAAUUACUAAAUUAGUUUUCUCAGAUAGUUACAAAAUCACCUAGGUUUGCUCCAAAUUGAUUGAUAAAAUACAGUAGACACCCUCUUAUCCGGACUGCUUGGGACCGAGGCCAGUCUGGAUAACGGUUUAUCCGGUUAAACCGACAUCCCCAAAAGCUCGUUAAAACUGACCACUUAAAUGCAUGCAACCCAAAUAUUUGAAUCAAAUUUAGGAGAGCAUUGUGUUUAAAUUCUUGUUAUUGUCUCAAAUCUUUCCCACGAGAACAGUCGUUUCAGUACCAAAAGUUGUCCCGAUAAGAGGGAGUCUACUGUAGUAUUAAUAACAGUUAGUGGUAUAAAAUUGUUUUAUCACUAAAAGAUGAUAUAGCUCAUUGUUCUUAUCUAAUGUAUUAGGAUAAAGGCAUCCUCCACUUCUCUAAGCUUGUCAUGCAAAAUUGAUACUGUACAAUUUUACAAAUACUGUAGCAGCACACACUUACAAUUGAAAUUACUUGAUUUGUAAAUAGUUUGAAGACAUUGAUACAUACAUAUCUUAAUAUCUUCAGAGUAAAAUGUCAAAGAGUUUCAUAAAGG